CUGACAACUUCAACGCUGUUUCCUGUUGGGCGACCCAUGUGGAGUCCUGAAGCUAAGCCGAACUUGUACGGGGUGAUGUGAGGGUCAUGCGGUACAUACUGGUCGCUCUUGAAGCGGGUUGGCGUGGUGCCCGGCUGUCAUGGAUGUAGGCAGGGCCCUCCACAGACUGACAGCGGGCGGCAGGAGGCUUCUGGGACAGGCGAGGACCUUCACUAGUCACCCCGGCUGUCUCCUCCGGAGUCCUGGACCUAGGACCUGUUCCCCGAGGUGUGGAGCCCGGCCAUGGAUGCUGCCCCCCAGCAGUACAAUAUGCCGUCAUAUACAGUCUGAAGCAUCGCCGGUCACAUUAGCCAGUGUGUCUCCAGUAUUCUCUGUGAUGAAGUUUGACAAAGAUGGAAACAUACUGUCCUUUGAAAGGAAGAAAACAGAAUUAUAUCAGGAGCUGGGACUUCAAGCACGAGAUCUGAGGUUUCAGCAUCUAGUGAGCAUCAAUUCCAGAAACAACAAGAUCAUUUUAAGAAUGGAGUUCGUAAAAGCUGUCAUCACUUCUGAGUAUCUCCUGAUUCUGGAUUAUCGGAACCUCCACCUGGAGCAGUGGUUUCUCCGUGAACUUGCACCUCAGUUAGCAGGUGAAGGCCAACUAGUCACAUACUCUUUACCUUUUGAAUUCAGGGCUUUGGAAGCAAUAUUGCAGCAUAGGAUUAGCACUCUGCAAGGGAGACUUCAUUUUUUACAACCUCAUAUCCUAGAAACCUUGGAAGCUUUGGUGGACCCCAAACUCCUUUCUGUAGAUAGAAGUAAACUGCAUAUCCUACUUCAAAAUGGCAAAACUCUGUCAGAGCUGGAAACAGAUAUAAAAGUUUAUAAAGAAGCAAUUCUGGAAAUUCUGGAUGAAGAUGAGCUUAUAGAAGAGCUGUGUCUGACCAAACUGUCUGAGCCCCAAGCAAUUGAAGAGAGCACUUCUCGGAUAGAUCACACAGAAGAAAUGGAGCUGCUGCUUGAGAAUUAUUACAGACAAGCAGAAGACCUGGCAAAUGUAGCCAGAGAGCUGCGUGUGCUGAUUGAUGACUCCGAAAGUGUCAUUUUUAUUAACUUGGACAGCCAUCGCAAUGUGAUGAUGAGACUCAAUUUACAGCUGACAAUGGGAACCUUUUCCUUCUCUCUCUUCGGUCUGAUUGGAGUGGCUUUUGGUAUGAACUUGGAGUCUACUUUUGAAGAGGAUCCCCAAGUGUUUUGGUUUGUUACAGGAGUUAUGUUCCUAGGAAGUGGGCUGAUCUGGAGACGCUUGCUUUCCUUUCUUGGAAGACAUCUGGAGCCAUCAAAGCCUCCUUCGAUCUGGAAGCGGGCUUUUCCCUUUAAUGGAAGAACAGAUCCUACAAAUGGGCAGAAAUAGUCAUUUCCCAUGUGAGGUCAGAGGACAUUGGACAUAUGACCUGUGUGACUGUUACGCUGUCGGCUUACACACUCAAUGAUUUGUAAAUCAUGUUGGGGUAUAAACUUUGCAAAUCAUAGUAAUGUCUCUGCCCCCUUCAUAUGCAGGACAUGCAUUGUUUUCCUAAACAUCAUUCAUCUGCACCUUACAAUACUUUUGGAAUGUAAUGUGUGUAUUUUUUUAAAAUUAUUUUUACAGAUUUUGUAGAAAAUGCCAUGUAGCGAAAACAUCAGGUUUUUGUAACUUGAACACACCGAUUAGCUUUACAAACUGAUACUAUUUUACGGUACACGGAGUAGAGAGUGUGAGGUUAGUCUCCCACCGCAGUGCCUUGAAGAGUCCAAUCCUCGUUUUCAUGUACUCCCACUCACUGUACUGUAUGAUGCUGCUAUAUUAUGUACAUCUCUUUAUUGUCUUAUCCUCUGGUGCCUUAUUUGUUUCUUACAAUGUGCCACAUUUACAUUUUUAUCAGUUGAAGUUUGGACAUUUUCUAGAGCAAACAAGAAUGGCGCUGACCAUACAUUGUUUUGUUUUUAUGUGAAGCAACAUUGCCAUAACAAGUUUUAUUUAACACGAUUAAUCUGUCCUACAUUGUAUAACAAUAACCCUUUGUAUAAUAAAACUGCUAUUCUUAGUGGUAAGGAUGAUGGUGAGCUUGGCUGUUGAACUUUGGCCAGUGUAGGCUUCAUACACAUUAAUAGAUUAUUUAAAAAAAAAAUGGAGCUAUAAUAGGGCACCCCUAGAAGUUACUGGUGCCUCUAUUGUACCUAAUUUUAGAUUAUAACAGGCUAUGUACAGGUCAUAUAUAUAUAUAUAUAUAUACACACACAACAGAACAUUGUAUGGCAGUCCACAGAAUACCUUAAGCUCCAUAGCACUGGUGCCUUAUGGGAUACUAUUGUCCAUCAAAUAUAUUGUGUGGCAUGUGUAAAGAACACAAGUAGUUAUCAUAAUUGGUGUAAUCCAACUGAAUAAGAAAUGAAAACAAAAUACUUUUAACAGUGUUUUUAAUAUCGAUGGCCUAUUUUUUGCAUAGGCUUUCUAAUUGGGAGUACCAGUAUUCAUUAUUAAAGGGGUACUCCGGUGGAAUAUAAAAGUGGAAAAGCAGAGAGUCAGCUCUCCAUGUGUUGCAAUCAGUUCUCUGAUCCUGGAGGAUACUUCCAAGUGGGCCGGGUCCCAGACGUUCAAUGAUAAAGAUAUAUAUAUAAUCUAGCUUCCUAAAACUUGAAUUCUUUAAUCCAUUAAAAAAAAAGUGCAAGCUAAAGGCCAAAUGAAAUGCAGAUGCGUUUAUAGAAAACCUUACUCAUAGCGUAUUAGGCAGAGGAGAAUGAUGAUAUAUAUACCUGCUCCAAAAAUAUCUGUUUAGGUAAGGUACGCCUAUCAAGGGGCGUGAUUUCGCACCUUGAAUUAUGCUAAGUGAUUGCAAGUUCUCCGGUGGAAACUUUUAUUUUAUUUUAUAAUGAUGCCAGAAAGUUAAACAGAUUUGUAUAUUACUUCUAUUAAA